AUGACGUGGAGCUCUUUCCAGUCCUCUCCCAGGCCGGUGCCGGUCGAGGGGCGCCUGGAGAAGGUUCGCGAGGCAUUCGGCGAGGGCCAGGCGCUGGUAAUCAAUUCGCUGCACCGCUGGUGCCCCGAGGCGGCCCAGCUGGCAUCGGCGCUCAGGGCGCAGCUGGGGCUCCCGGUGGACGUGUACAUGUACUUGACGCCGCCUUACUCGCACUCCUACGGGCUGCACAGCGACGUCAUGGACGCGUUCAUGGUGCAGCUGGUGGGGCGGAAGCACUGGCUGGCCUGCAGCGGAGAGAACUGCACCUCGGUGGACACAGAGAACGGCGAUGUCCUCUACCUGCCCAUGCGGGCGCGCCACAGUGCCUGGACCUCGGGCGAGCUGUCGGCUCACCUCACAGUGAACGUCGAGCGGCAGUUCUACGUGUGGGGCUCGGUCUUGCAGGCGGUGGCCAAGCGGCUGCUGCUGCCAGGCGCUGGAGCGCGCCUCGACGGCCUGGCCGACAUGAAACCCUUCGGACUCGAGGAGGAGGGCUCGCACGACGACAACGAGCUGGUGCGCCUCAUCUGCAGGUCGGCGCCAUCCCUUCCCGCCCUCGUGCAGAUGCCGGGCGCUGUCCUCAACCACACGCGGGACGGAGCGGAGCUCAACGGAGAGGGCCUGGAGCAGGAGUUGGUUCCAGCUACUGCGCCAGCUGCGGCGCCUGCGGUGGCAGCAGCCGAUCGCGCUGCAGUGGCACCAGCGAUCCCCGGGCGGCGGCCGGCGCGAGUUCCCGAGUGCGGGGGCGAUGGUCCGCGAGCUGCAGGGCCUCGGCGCGGGCGAGCACCUGGCGGCCCUCUCGUGGGUGGCAGGGCUCAUCUCGCGGAGCCUGCAGAGGAUGCACGAGCAGCACUCGCGGGCCCCCGCGCGGGCCGCCCUGGCGCA